AUGAGUAAUGGAGGAUGGGUGGGAACAUGGAGGCCUCAUCGUCCAAGAGGUCCAGUCAUGGCCCAGUAUUCCAGCCCUGGGCCCAAGUACUACAUACAAGGAGCAACAGGUUAUGUAUCACACAUCCCAACCAAAAGGAAAGCCCCUGCCUACAGUAUGUGUGGCGCAAAACCUCCACUCAGCAAAGACUGCCCUCCAGGUCCUUACGAUGUGCCGGGCUAUAUGACUCAUAGGGGAAGGAAAUCUGCUCCCGCUUACACAAUGGCUGGUCGACCCAGGGUGAGAGUGGAGAUCACCCCAGGUCCCGCCUCUUACUCACCUGAGAAGUCUCGAAGAAUGAUCUAUAAAACUGCACCUGCGCAUUCCAUGUCUUUCAGGACUCGCAGUGCCAAAGUUGACACCACGCCAGGUCCUAAUGCUUAUAUGAUCCCUGGGGUGCUUGGACCACACACAGUGGCCACCUCUGCCAGCCCUUGUUAUUCCAUGAUAGGGAAGAGUAAACUUGGGCGUUUUGAUGAAGACCUUCAUAAGACCCCAGGUCCCGCAGCAUAUGAGAAGCCAGCUACAGAGAUCUACAAAAAGAGAGCACCAAAGUAUACCAUGGCUGGCCGAAACAUGAAUCCACGACGUGACAAAAUACCUGGACCUGCAGACUAUGUAGUAGGAAAGGUGUCAAUGAUCAAGUCCUGUGCUCCAGUUGUCACUUUUGGAAUAAGACACUCUGAUUAUACAGCACCUUUGAUUGUGGAUGUCUGCUGA